UGCGCGAUCACGGCGCUCAUCGUCGCACUCGCGGCACCGCUGCUGCAUUACCUGUGGUUCUCGCUGCGGAGGAUGUUUCGACCCGAUCUGCCGCCCGGACCGCGAGGCCUGCCUCUCCUCGGCUACCUGCCCUUCAUGACCGAGCACGGACAUCGGGACAUCGAGACGCUCAAGCAGAAAUACGGCAACGUGUUCGGACUCCAGCUCGGUUUCCGGUACGUGGUCUUCUUGUGCGACUUCGGCUCCAUAAAGGAGGCCCUCUCGAACGACGCCCUGCUCGACCGGGCCCAUGAAUUCCCCCUCAACGUCCACAAGAAAUCUCAAAGCAUGAUUCUGGCCAACGGGCCGCGUUGGAAGGAACAGCGCCGGUUCACAAUGAGGACGUUCAAGACACUGACCAGUACCACCAGAGACCUUCAAUCUGGUACCACGCAGACUCUCGAGACGCAUAUACACGUGAGAUACGGCUACGGCUGUCCCUGCGCGAAAUUCCUCUUGACGUCAUGUUAUUACCUGGACGAACUGUCGAACUUGGUUCGCGAGCUGGCGUCUCACAAGGGCGAGCCCGUGGCCAUCUCCUCGUUGUUGCUGUCCAGCACGUCCAACGUCAUCACGGCGCUGGUGUACGGCCAGAGGUUCGAGUACGGCAGCCCCGAGCGUGUCGAGCUGGACGAGCUCGCCGAUGAGAUCCCGGCGUUGGCAGCACAGAUUUCGUCCAUCAACUUCUUCCCGUGGCUGCGCGGAGUGCUCUCCAUCCUUCGCAUAGGAGCAUGCGGGAGGCUCAGGAGCGCCAUGAUACGAAGGGAUCGCCUCUCAGAGAACCUAAUAGGCCUUCGCGAGAAAAGCUAUCAGGACGGCCUCGUUCGUGACUACAUCGAUCGUUUUCUCAAUGAGAUGAGACGACCAGAGCAAGAAAAGAAGACUUUCACGCACGACGUGCUCACGAGCAACGCGUCCUCCAUCUUCGGUGCCGGGAGCGAGACCGUGCGUUCGGCGAUAGAGUGGCUCGUACUGAUGUGCGCCUCCAAGCCGGAGGUGCAGAAACGCGUCCGGGACGAGAUCGACGUCGUGCUCGGUCGAAGCGGUCAGGGCUCUCGCGUCGUGUGGGAAGACCGGAGCAGGAUGCCGUACACGCAGGCCUUCAUCUGGGAGAUGGCGCGCUUCAAGCCGGUCAACCCUUUCGGCCUCAUGCGAUGCGCCAGCGAGGACACGAAAGUAAGCGGCUACGUCAUUCCACGAGGCAGUGUCGUGGUCCCUUCGCUGAGGUCCAUCUUCCACGACGCGUCCUUCUGGGAAGACCCAGAAGUCUUCCGGCCCGAGCGCUUCUUGGUCGAAGGAGGGACCCGAGCCAGCAAGCCUGAGAGGCUGAUCCCUUUCUCAUACGGCAAGCGUUCUUGUCCCGGGGAGAUGAUCGCCAACAUGGAGACGUUCAUAUUUCUUACCACCAUCCUGCAGCACUUCAUCAUCGAGAUGCCUCGCAGUGGUCCGGCCCUCGCUUUCGACGAGGUGUUGACCAUAUCGCUUAGGCCCCGACCGCAGGAAUUAAUUUUCCGCGCGCGACAAAUGCGCCGUUGAAAACACCUCUAAUAGAUCCUCUAACAAGUGGUUUUGAAUGAAUGUUUAUUUGACAGAAAAAAUACAGAGAAUCUCUGUCAAAGAGGCUGACAAAAAGGCACGAAUGCCUGACUAAGUGUCAGUCCCCUUCCCUGACCCGUUCCCAGUGCACAAAACACCCAAGCACACAGGGUAAGCAUGGUACACAAAG